AUGAUCCGCCACGAAUUCACGAUUGGACAGUCUGUACCAUACGGUGCUUUGGUGGCUGGACAACAAAUAUCUGAGGUCAGCUUUCUGUGGUCCCAAGAGUUUUUCUCUAUCCUUGGAGGAAAGUUCUCCCAGACGUGGAAGAAGAUUGGGUUUGUCCUCACUGUCUUUGUCUGUACCAUCAUGGCGCUAGGAGCCUCGUCUCUCAGCGCUGUUGCGAUGAUGCCCCAGGAAGGAGAUUGGAGAGCCGGAGGAAGCUUCGUGUACUUUAAUGGUACUCGGGAGGAAAUGUUCCCGGCGGUAGUCACAGAAGCUCACACAAUCGGUUCUGCCUGCAACGUCACCGGAAACGAGUUGUGUCCCUCUUGGCAAUGGGAUGUGAUCAAUACCCAGCUGAUUUCCAAAAUCCGCCUAUCAGGCGUGCUGAACAACGGGCUAUUCAUCAGACGACCCCCCAACGAAAUCCUAGUCGCUGGGUAUUCCUCGACACUGGUGAAUCUGGUUGUUGAUAUCAGAGAGAAGUGGUUCAAUCUGAACAGUCCCAACCACACAGUUGCCAGGAUGCCGCAUCUUGGACCAGCUGAAGCCUGUGUCACAACGUCGCUGCACUGGGAACAGGCUGCGGAUGAUUCUGCCAAGAGAAAACAAACCCGUUUCAAUAACUUUAAAAAGGUUGCGCAUAAGCUCAGUGCGCCUGUACCUAUUACCAACACCAGGUGUGAGUUGACAUCUGUCAAGGAUGCCAAAGCAAAGACAUUGUUGUUUCCUGAUUUCGUCACUUUCCCUCCUACGACCCUGGAUGUCAAAAGAGACUUCAUCAGCGACUGGUUGUCGGAUACUCUCACUGACUUGAAGAAACCUGAAGUGUUUUGGUUCGACUCGGCACCCGUCAUUGCAAACACUUCCGUGGGAGUAGUAGUUGCUGUGCCUUCCAACAAGUCAAAAGAAGCAGCUGAUGUAUAUGGUUGCAUGGUUGAUGCCAGAUGGAUCACGACAGAUUUGAGUGGCGAUGCAGUAGCGUUAACAAGCAAGGGAUAUCCUCCGUUCUCAGGUGCGAUUGCCACUUCACUCGGAGGUUCAUGGAUUGGCAGCCCAGGCUAUGGUCAGCGCGUUCAUCUGGCACCUAGCUUUGCCAAAUACCUCAAUCCUCUGGACACGGGGAGCAAUCGGACGAUUAUACAUGAGAUGCUCCUCAACAGUGGUGUAUGGACGCCUAAUGGCGAAGGAUCAAAGUCUGCGGAGCAUUUGGAGGCGAUCAUUGGAGCAUUAGCAGCCAACGGCUUGGCACGUUCGACCCCAAACAUCAGUGCCGUUACUACGUUGGCUGAUCCCGAUGGAGAAUGGUGGAAGAGUUUCAUGCCCCAGGACAGUAAAGUGUUUGGUCCUGGUGGUAGUCCUUAUGCUGUGUCAGACGAGGACAAAAAGCGUUUCUUUGGGACUGAAAUGGAGACAUGGGUGACUGGAUUCGCAUUCGCAGACAACAGUUUAACCAUGAAAGGAGCCAUGGCCGUUUUCUACGUCUAUGCACUUUUGAUUGUGGUGUACUCUAUAUGGUCCAUCUGGUCCGGGAUAACCUCGUCAUCAUGGGAGUCUGUGCCUGAUCUUCUUGCUCUUGCACUUGCGGAUCGAGAAUCUGGACCCAGCUCUGGAAAUCUCAGCGGCGGAAGCUUGGACGUUAUGAAGGAAAACUUUUGUGUUUCUGCAGAUGGAGGCACCUUGAGACUCCGGUCGAGCAACGGAUUGGUGGCACCUGAGAACCGGGUGAAACCCAAUGAGGUCUAUGACUGA